AUGAUAAACAUUCGUCCGGUUUUAAAAUCGUAUCAGUUUUUUCAAGUGUCUAAAUGUCAAUUAACAUUAAAUAAAUUUAAACAUAAAUUACGCGUAACAGAUAAUUCAGAAUCAACAUCUGAAGAAGAUGAUAAUUUUUUAAACAGUAAUUUCGAUAAAAUAAUUGAAAGGUCUCUAUUACCGUUAGGUGGUCACCAUCAAGUAUUCGUCAUUCAGCCCGUUAUAAAAUGGGGACAAAAGAAAAAAAGAAACACUACCCCAGAACUUCAAUUGGAAGAAUCCAUUACUUUAGUUAAAACAUUAAGAAAUUGGAAAGUGGUAGGAGAAGCUAUUGUCAAAUUAGAAAGUUUUAAUAGAAAAACAUUUUUCGGCAAAGGUAAUUUACAACUUAUUAGAGAAUUAAUUUUAAAACAUCCCACCAUAUCGGCAGUUUUUUUAAGUACAGAAUUAUUAAAACUAGUCCAGCAAAAAAUAUUAGAAGAAAUGCUUACCGUCCCUGUGUUCGAUAGGUACACCCUAAUCAUGCACAUAUUGAGAGAACAUGCUAAAACAAGGGAGGCAAAACUUCAAAUCAAAUUAGCAGAACUACCAUAUUUAUAUAAAGUUAUGGGAGGUUUAAAGUCUGGAUAUGGCAUACAUUUUUUUAACGAAAUCACCUCUCGGUCGAGAGCGGCUAGAAAAGAAAUUUUUAAAGAAAAAGAAGCCCAAAUUCGAAAUGAAUUAGCAAUUCUUAGAAAGCAUAGAGAAGAACUUAGAAAUAAAAGGAAAAAAAAUGACAUGCCUGUUAUUGCAGUCGUAGGUUAUACAAAUGCAGGAAAAACUUCACUUGUAAAAGCACUUACAGGAAAGGAAAAAUUAGAACCCAAAGAUUAUCUCUUUGCAACUUUAGAUGUAACAUGUCACAUUGGUACUCUUCCAUCAUCUUUACCCGUUUAUUUUGUCGACACAUUGGGUUUCAUGAAUGACAUACCAACUUUCCUUAUAGAAUCUUUUGUUUACACACUGGAAGAUGUUAAAUAUGCAGAUGUUAUUAUUCAUGUGAGAGACAUAAGUCAUCCCAAUACGGUAGCUCAAAAUGACAACGUCAUACAAACAUUACACCAAUUAAAUUUGUCAGAUGAAGAUUGGGAAUAA